GUGGAUCAGGAAAAACAAGCUGAGGCAACGUCGCGAAGCUGGGCGGAUUGGAUGUCAAGAUCGUCACGGUGCCGGAGGAGCCCAAGUUAGACGCCCACAAGUUCGUCCUCUUCAACAAUCUCAUUUCGAGUGAUCCCAACGACGCCCCGAGGCCUGUCAUCCGUCAGACCGACACCGCCGCGAUACUCUUCUCCUCUGGCACCACUGGGGCCAGCAAAGGGGUUGUUCUUAUGCACAGGAACCUUAUUGCUACGGUGGAGCUUUUUGUUCGGCUCGAAGCUUCACUGUAUAGUAGUGAGAUCUGGAGGAAUGUUUACCUCACAGCCAUCCCCAUGUUCCAUGUGUAUGGUCUUUCCCUCUUCUCCAUGGGGCUCCUGUCGUUGGGAUCCACCAUUGUGGUGAUGAGAAAGUUCGAUGUGGAGGAGGCAGUUCGAGCUAUCGAUGCGUUUAAGGUCACUCAUUUUCCUACUGUCCCACCGAUAUUGACCACCCUGAUAAGGGCCAAGGGUGCCACCGGCUGCCGAUUACAGUCCCUCGUGCAGGUUUCAUGUCGAGCGGCUCCGAUUGCCCCAAAAACUAUUCAUGACUUCUUGAAGGCAUUUCCUCAUGUUGAUUUCAUUCAGGGGUAUGGCUUGACAGAAUCUGCUGCAGUAGGAACUUGUGGUUUCAAUACAACAAAUUGUAAAAGGCAUAUUUCUGUGGGAUUGCUAGCUCCAAACAUGCAAGCUAAAAUUAUUGAUUUAGAGACAGGGUCUUGUUUGCCUCCUGGUACAAGUGGAGAGCUGUUGCUUCAUGGAUCAGCCAUUAUGAAAGGCUACUUCAAUGAUGAUAAUGCAACUUCAUCAGCAAUCAUCGAGGCUACUUAAAUGAGGGAUAUUGCAUACUUUGAUGGAGAUGGAUACUUGUAUAUAUUGGACCGUCUGAAAGAGACCAUCAAAUACAAAGGAUUUCAGAUAGCACCAGCUGAUUUGGAAGCCUUGUUGAUUGCACAUCCUGACAUCGUGGAUGUUGCAGUGACAGCGAAAGCUUUACAAGUUCAACAAAGAACCAAGAGAUUCUUAAUGCAUGCAUCUUUCGCUGCUUUUAUCCUAAUAUUAUCCUAUGACUUCUGUAGGGCUAAGAACGAAGAAGCUGGGGAGAUACCAGUGGCAUUUGUAGUUACGAGGUCAGGAAGCAAGCGUUCAUCCACUGAUGUUAUCGAGUUUGUGGCAAAGCAGGUGACUCCCUAUAAGAAGGUUAGAGAGGUGGUCUUCGUCAGCUCGAUUCCCCGAUCACCAGCAGGGAAGACAUUAAGAAGGAAACUGCGAGAUACUUUAGCUGCUUCAAGGAUGUAAUUCGACUGCAGGACAGAAAAGUUAACUUUAUUGGUUCAUAUCGUUUAAUAUCCACAGUUUCCUUUCUCAA